AUGACUUUCACUAUCACUGUCCUCUUCCCAAACGAGCCUGAUGCCAAGUACAACAGAGACUACUAUGUGUCGCACCAUAUGCCUCUGAUCAAAGAACGUUGGGCGAAGUACGGUGUGCAGGACUGGUCUGUAACCGAUUUCGGCCCCGGUGCCGAUGGGGCCCAGCCGCUUUACACGUUUGGAAGCGUUGUCUGGUGGGAAAGCAAGGAAGGAGUUGAAAAAGCUUUCGCAAGCUCCGAAGUGGCUGAAAUCAUGAGUGAUGUUCCGAAUUUCAGCAACAAGCAGCCGAUAUUUUUGUUCGGCUCGCAAGUCGACACGACCAAUUGA